UCCCAAACCUUCCCUUUGGCUCUUGGCCAUCCAAAGUUGGCUCCUUUAUACGUUUAUCGCUGACAAAAUCCCACCUUUAUCUCAUUUUUCUCUAGAAUCCCUAGGGAGCCAUGGCUCCAGCCCUGGUUGAUCCCUCAUUGCUUGAAAUCUCGCAAUCGGAUCGGAGUUUGGCCGUGGAAUCGAUGGAAUCGAGAUUCUCGGACCUUCGGGGCGUUAGGUGGCGCAUCGAUCUCGGGAUUCUUCCCGGAUUGGCAUCGGCGUCGAUCGAUGAGCUCCGGCGGGUCACCGCUGAUACCCGGAGAAGAUAUGCCAGCAUGAGACGACGUCUUCUUAUAGAUCCACAUCUCAAUAAAGAUGGAAGUAGUUCUCCAGACCUUUCUAUUGACAACCCGCUAUCACAAAAUCCUGAUAGCACAUGGGGCCGCUAUUUCCGGAAUGCCGAGUUGGAAAAAAUGGUUGAUCAGGACCUUUCCCGUUUGUACCCUGAACAUGGUAGCUACUUCCAGACACCUGCAUGCCAGGCCAUGUUGAGAAGGAUAUUGCUGAUGUGGUGCCUUCGGCACCCAGAAUACGGCUAUAGACAAGGGAUGCAUGAACUAUUGGCGCCUCUACUUUAUGUACUUCAUGUCGAUGUGCAACAUUUGUCUGAAGUUCGCAAAGUCUAUGAAGACUAUUUUACAGAUGACUUUGAUGAAAUGUCUUUCCCAAAUGGUGAUCUGGUUACUAACUACAGAUUCACAAGGGCUGCAAACUGGGACGCUGGACUGGAAAAUGCGAUUGAUUCUCAGGGGGACAAGGCUAAACCUUGCAGCCUGGAUGACCUUGAUAAUGAGACGAGGGACAUUUUUCUCUUAAGUGAUGCUUAUGGUGCUGAGGGAGAGCUUGGCAUUGUCUUAUCUGAGAGAUUCAUGGAACAUGAUGCUUAUUGCAUGUUUGAUGGGUUGAUGAGUGGAGGCCAUGGGGUGGUGGCAAUGGCGGAUUUCUUCUCCCCUUCUUCAGCUGCUGGGUCCAGCUCAAGUUUACCACCAGUGAUAGAAGCAUCAUCUGCAUUGUAUCACUUGCUUUCUAUUGUGGAUUCAUCUCUUCACAGUCAUCUAGUUGAACUUGGUGUCGAACCUCAGUACUUUGCAUUAAGAUGGUUGCGUGUGCUAUUUGGACGUGAAUUUUCCCUCGAGGAUCUUUUGGUGAUUUGGGAUGAAAUAUUUUCUUCUUCCAAUGGUUCAGUUGUGGAGCCUGCUUUGGACUAUAGUUUCAAGGUCUUGUGCUCUCCUCGGGGAGCAUUCAUCUCAGCAAUGGCAGUCUCCAUGCUUCUACACCUACGAUCGUCACUGCUAGCCACCGAAUAUGCGACGGCUUGCCUCCAAAGACUAUUAAAUUUCCCGGAGAAUGUAGAUGUGAAGAAGUUGAUCGAGAAAGCAAAGUCAUUGCAAGGCCUUGCACUUGAAGCUAAUCUUUCAUUGUCUCCGUCCCAGGAAAGUUCCAACCGGAAUAAACAAAUGGUUGGUAGGGGCUAUAGUCUUCCAGCUGCUACAAGUUCUCCAAAGACACCACUGCAUCUAAUACCGGAUAGCUACUGGGAAGACAAAUGGCGGGUGCUACAUAAAGAUGAAGCACUCCGCUCAGGAACCAAAGGCCGUUCACUUUCAAAAGGAACAGUGAAAGGGAUGCUAGUAAAGAGACUAGGUUUAUCUCGGACAGAAUCUGAUCCUUCUCCUGCAAUGACUUUGAAUGAUAAUAAUGAUGCUCGGUCUUCUGUCAGGCGUAGUCUGGUAAGUGAUUUUGCUAAAGAAGCCGACUUAAAACCUGACCUCGGGGAAGUGAAACACGAGAAAGAUUUCGAUAUUUCCAGUAGCAAAGAGUCUAUAUCCAUGGUCGUAGAUGAGGAGAAGAAUUUUACUGAAGCUGUUAACCAUGUUGUCAUUGAGGACACAUGUUUGAGCGGCGAGAAUUCUGUAUGUUCUCCUGUGACCAGUCCUCAUAGAUUGCAUGAUGAGCAUGAAAAUGCAUCAGACCGAAGUAGUGUUACUUCAAAUUCAUUUGUUGCUGAUAAUGAUGAAAGUCAUGAAAUCCAAAAUCUGGAUGAGUCUACCAACAAGAGUGUCAAUGGUAGUCCUGAAAAUCCACUACCUCGAGACUCGGAAGACAUGGAAACCAUCUCUACCAGAAAUCUUGUAGCUGAUGCAGAUAAGAUAGAGAAAGAGGAUACUGCUCUGAAGGACAGGAAACCUCUUUCCGGUAAAUUUCAAUGGUUAUGGAAGUUCAGCAAAGGAUCUAAUGGAGGAAAUGGCGAGAAAGGGGGAAUUGAGGGACAACAACAGUCCUCUGUUAAUGGAAACAUCUCCAAAACAAUCUCAGGCAGUACAAUUUCUGAUGGUAGGGCAGAAGUUGCCGACAAGAAUAUGAUGAGCACUUUGAAAAAUCUAGGACAAUCCAUGCUUGAAAAUAUUCAGGUUAUCGAAUCAGUGUUCCAACAAGAUCGAGGCCAAGCUGGCACACUAGAGAACCUAUCAAACAAUAUUCUCAAGGGCAAAGGGCAAGCAACAGCCAUGACAGCACUGAAGGAGCUUCGGAAAAUCAGCAACCUACUAUCCGAAAUGUGAUCGAUUUAAACACAUUGUAAGUACCAUUCAUCUAGCAAUAAGAUCGAAGCUUCUGGUCCACGUUUCCAAUUAAUAUCUUGGUGUUCGAUCAUUAUGUACAUAUCAGCGUCAAAUUAUAAGAGGUUUAUAAUCCCAACGAUGUCGGAAUACUUGUGCACUGUUUGAAUGCAAAGCGGCAAAAUUAAGUUUCAGCU